CGUCGCUGUACUCCCACCUGUUACCAGUCUACACCGCGCAUCAGGCCCCGUGAUGUCGACAUAGGUCUCGAACUUUCUCGUGUAUAAGCACGAAAGCAGACAAUGUGCCGACACACGAUUACAAAGGGUCCACUGACCUGCACUCAGUUCAGCCCUACCCUCCGUAAGCAUGCCACUGCCGCGCCGUUGCACAAGGAACAUGCAGCGGCGGCCGGUCAGACUGCCCGUGACCCGACUGACAUCGGCGUGGAAGCAGUGGGUCGGCACCAGGUUUGAAUGCGAUGCCGCGAAAUUGAUAUUGGGAUCGUUAUUGUGGCUGGGGUAUGCGGUUGAUGCUGUGUAUUGGUACGGACACGCACGGAGUCGGAACUACCAAUUACAGCCAAUCCGUGUUAUCUGGAAUGGGGCUGCUUGAUCAAAGUGGAGCAGGACAUGGAUGAGGACGCGAGACAAGAAACGUGGUACUG